UUAUCAGUGAAUGUUAAAAGAAAUUGCUAGCACUAUGAGAAUUCCACAACGAAUGCUAUACCUUGUGACCACCGAAUAUUUAUUGCACAAAUUUAAUAAAGAAGCAUUUUUUUAAUGCUGGGGCAUAUUGUAAAGUUUACACAGUUUUAAGUCUAGGUUUAGAAUAAAGGGAACUCCGCGGUUAUUUACAAGGGGCGUUAUCUCGAUUAUACAUCAAACAUUUACGAAGAUUAAAAACUAGUGAUAAGGAGUCUGUGCACGAAUAUAGGCUUGAGUACGAAGUGUGUUGACUUGGACCUCAGUUGUUGUGACUUUAUGCUUUUUUAGAUAUAUUUAUUCAGGCACGCUUUAUCUAAUCAGCAUAAAUAAAUAUAUACAAAAAGACAUUAUUAAGUAUAUAAGAAAUAUAUCUGCGAUAUUUUAGCGUCUCCAUAGAAACACAAAGCAUUUUUCUAAGCGUACAUUAAAUCAAAUUGUUUGCUCAGAAAGACAAUGGACACACUGGAACAAAAAUGAUGGCACGCGCAAAUGUUUUGAAAAAAAUAAUAAAGCUUUAUUUCAUUCCAUUUGUUUUUAUCCUAUCCUCGUGGUCAUAUCAGUUUUAAAUACACACUAAAAAAGUCGUUGCUACUUCAGCUGGGUUGAAAACAGUCAACAGAAACCGAUGUCUAAUCAGUGACGAACAAACAACAAGAGUAUAUACAAAGACACGAGCGGUGAAGAAAAGAAGAAAAAAAUUCAAGGAUCCACGCCACGCUUCGAAACAAUGAUAUCAUUGAAAGCUUGCUCGUAGAAUAUGCUGUAUUAAAUUCUAGAUUUCCACAAGCAAAUACACAUUAUCAAAGAAGAGCAAGAUUAACGAGAAGUGCUAAAGUAAACAAGAAAUUGACAUAAAAUAAACAUGCACGUUGUUUGUUUAUUUUUCGCAGUCUUGUUUACGCGAGUUCCUUGUUUGCUUUCUUCCGGAAUUCUAUUCGAUGGAAGUCAGUUCAUCUCUCGCUCACUAUUGGCAAAACCAUUAGAUGUUAAAGGGUAUAAAAUAACCAUAACUUUUCACACCACGCUGUCUUCAUGCGUCUUAUUCUUCGCGAGUGGCGUCACGGGCGAUUACAUUGCCCUGGAAUUAAUCCGAGGCAGAUUAAGGUACGUAUCCAACAGCAACGGCCUAAAAUCAAACUCACCAAUCGAUGUAAUUCACGGUAAUUAUGCAAAUUAUGCAGAUGGUAAACACCAUCAAGUGAACGUUGAGAUUGAAGGAGAAAUAACCAAAUUGUACUCAUACAGCGCUGGUGAUGAUAGUAACAUUACAGAAAUACGAUCAGCAUCAUCCGACCUCAAGUACAAUUUAGACGAGUAUAUCUAUUAUGCCGGCUUGCCGAUAAAUAAGAAAACGAACACAAAAAAUAUUCUGCUGUCGCACCGCAAUUUUGAAGGAUGUUUGUAUGAUUUGGAAUUAGAUGAUAAAGCGAUUAGUCUAACCAAAGAACACUUUAUAAAGACUCCGAGUGACUCAUUUGUCGGCAAAUUUAAUUCCGCUUGUUCUUUGACGCAACCAGAUUAUUUGAUUUCCUUUAAAACAGGUACAGAUGAUCUGUCUGUAUUCUCGCAUGUUAAUGACGACCACUUUUUAAUUGAGUUUUACUACCGUACAUAUCUUCAGAACGGAGUGUUACUUCACAGCAUCUCGUCCAAGAAAUCUUCAUCUAUUCUUCUAAUCCUUCGUGACAACGAGUUAAAACUAUACAUAAACAUAACAAAACAGAAAAGAAUAAUAUUUAAUCAGUAUGAUAAAAAUGCAGACGACGGCACCUGGAGAAAAAUUCGAAUCGAAAUCUCGGCGACAGCUAUCAAGUUCUGCAUCGAUGAUCAAAAGUUUGCGCACAAAUUUAAUCGCACGGUACAAGUUGCGUUUCCGAACCAAGUUGUAUUCUCCGGCAGACACGAAAGAACACACGGUUUGAUUGGAUGUAUCAAAAACAUUCGCUUAGGUAAAGAUCUCGUCUCUGUCAAAACAAUCUUAGGACAAACAAACCAAAGCUACAAUGAGAACAUGUGUAUAAUGAAGGAUUUAUGCUUUCCAAAUAGACCGUGUAAAAAUGGCGGCCGUUGUAUUCAGAAUUUGAAUGGUUUCGCAUGCGAUUGUAAAGGAACUGGUUUUAAGGGGAAAACAUGCGAAAUAGAUGACGUACAGCAUUACCGUAAAACAUGUAGCGACUAUAACGACGCCGGUUUUCGCCAGGACGGCAUAUAUACUAUAAAACCGGGAAAAUCAGCUCCAUUUAAAGUAAGAUGUCACAUGACUCAUCCAGACGGCCCGAUGACGAUCCUAGACGUAAACAACGAUAACCAAACAUUCGUAUUUCAAGGAAAUAAUUACAACGACGAUUUUUAUUACCAUCAAGUGACUUACAAAGCGAAUAAAAGACAAAUAUUGGACUUAGUGACAUCAAGCAGACAUUGCAGUCAAUAUUUCCGCUAUAACUGCUACGAAUCAACAUUACUAAACUCCAACGAAGAAUCACAUCAAUCGACUAAAUACGGCAUACGAUGGUACUCACGGUCGGGGUUGCUACGAAAUUACUGGAGCGGUAACCAAGAUAACAGGCGGACUUGUAAAUGUGGUAUAAACAAAACUUGCGCUACUCCGAAAGUACUUUGUAACUGUGACAUCAUGGACAAGCGGUGGAGAUAUGAUGAUGGUUAUAUUGAUGACAAAAAAGAUUUACCUAUAUCUAAAAUUCGUGUCAGCAGACAUAAAACCAGCACCCCGUCUUUAUUUCAAAUUGGAAUGCUAAAAUGCACAGGUACAGAUUCGAACCAUAUUCCAACUGUCUCGACAUCGAAUACAAAUUCUGCUCCAACAGGCAAUGGUGUUUAUCACAAAGGACAUAACAACGAAACGACACUCACAACGAACGAACAGACUAAACCAUCAAGCUUCAUAUUAAUUGACAGUAAGCUUUUAUAUAUCAUCAUUGUUGCCGUAGCAGUUCUUAUUGUUUUGUUCAUGCUCAUUCUGAUCUUCAAACGGCGUAUUUGCUGCUGUUAUUACGAAUUCAACGCUAAGCCUCAGAUUGUCGAAUUAUAUAAGGAAGAGAUAAGUCGAAACAACAACAAAAAUGUCCUUCAAGUUUCCAAUGACGUUACCGUCAAUGUGGACGAUCUUGUCAUUCCCUUGUCAAAAGGCAUGUCAUCUUAUCCAACGUCGUGUUCGGACAGCUCCGUGAGCACGAUAGAUCCUGGACGUUAUUAUGCGGAAGACGGCGAUCCCGACACGUUCAGUCUUCAAAGCAACAAGUCAACUUUAUCCAUGCCGAAAAGAGGAAUUUUGAAGAUAAAAAAGGACUCCAUUGUAACACAGUCUAAAACAGCAAAAAAUGUGGAGCCCUUACCCAUAACUACUUGUUGUAGAUCAAAAAGAGACCUUGUGUCGGUACUUAGUAAGAGUUGUGAUAACGAAUUUAACUAUGAACUCGAUAAUUCAGACAAUUGUAUAACAAUGUCACCGUUAAAACAAAAAGUACUAGAGUUAAGUACAAACACUAAUAGACAGAAUUUUGAAAGCGAGUUAUAUUUUCGUCAAGAAUCCAACUCGUCCAACUCGUCAUCGUUAGUUUCGAGUAAGGAGAGUGAAAUAAAUUCCGACACAGACAAUGACGUUUUUACGACGUCGCCAGAAUGUAUACCAUUAAACAAAUACCAUCGAAGUAAAAGUGUUCGAUUCAGCGACGAGGAAACUCAGUUGUUGUCGAAUCGAACGCCGCAUCGAUCAAGAAAAAGAACCUUCGAAGCAGAAGACUUGGAAGAACUUAUUUAUUGUGAAGAAUCCAACAAAACAUUAGUUUGAAAAACACAAUAAUAAUUAGAAAAAAAUACAUAUUUGUUUAUCUUCUUUUUUUCAAAAGUAAACAUAGAAAGAUAUUCUAAUCUUUCCGCAUGCCUGUUACAUUAUCAUUUACUCGUUAUUUGGUGAUUCGGUUUGACGUUAUAGCGUUUUUCUUAUAGGUAAAAAUUAUCCGUAUUUUAGGUUAAGAGAGAGUACAGAGUCUGGCUUUUUUCUUUACUUUUGAGAGAAUAUUGAAAAUUAUAAACGAAAACUUUUAGAGGAAGAUAUUUUCUUCAGUUACCUAUUUACCCUUCAAUUUCAACAUUCUUCUCUCUUUAAGAGCUAGGGUUUGUUUCCGCGCAGAAAAAUUUUUAUAAUGGCGGAUGUAGCUUAUAUGUAAAUGGUCAAUUAAAUGAAGCAGAUAUUACAAGGCAAGUGAAACUGAAUCGCCGAACGAUAGAAAUUCUUAAAAUUCUUCUUCUUG